AAACGAAAAGAGCAAAGAUAUUGAUAGUGAACAUAGCUCUUGGGGUGAUCUAGAUCUAGAGGUGAUUGAGCAUAUCAAGAGACUUAGGCCCAUUUGUGGUGGGAAGAACUUAGGUGCGAAAUAUUAUGACUUGAUUAUCUCACACCAGGGAUAAUCAUCAGCUUCCAGCAUUGGUCUUGGCCUUAUCCUUGUUCCUGGUGAUGAUAAAGCUUAGUCCAAGUCUAAGAAGGCCAAGGAAGUAGAGGCACAUAGAGGAAGCUCUAGUGAAGCCUAAAGUUCACCACAAGGUCUUAGUCAGCGAAGAAGGUGAGUCUCCAUUUCCUGAUGAUAUACUUAACUUGAUUGACAAUAUCGUUGAUUAGGAUGAUCCCAUGUCUUUUACAAUCGACACGACAAAGAAAAGGACCAAUGCAAGUGCAACUUUGCCAUAGAAAUCCACCACAGGAGGUGUGAGGGUCUUGUAUGGUACUCUUAGUUUAGCGAAGAAGUUCGGAACAACAUGAGCUCGAUUGGAAAAGGUUGUGAUAAAGGUAUACACUUCUUUACUUUUAUGCCAUGCAAGCCCAAUAAGUCGUCUCUUUUCAGAGCUAGUGAUGUUGUCCUAGUCCCAAGAAAGCUUUCAACUAAAAAGAGCACUAACACUACCAUUGUUGAGAAAGAUGCUAACAAAGAUAAGGCCAAGGCUCCAUUUGCUACUAAUGUAGGCAAAGGCAAAAAGGUUGUUGAAGAGGUUGGUUCUAACUCCAACGAAGAUAGUAAUGAUGAGUUUACCAACAGUGACAAAGCAUCGAAGGGUAAGCAUGACUAUUGAUGCACCAAAUACGCACUAAUUUUAGGCAAGUGAACCUAAUCGAUUAUGCAGUAUAAGAUGAGUAAGAUAUCGUUCCCUCGAAGACUAUCCUACACUACCAAGACCCUAUUAAUCUAACCUAAGUUGAAUUAAUCAAUUAAUGGGAA